AUGGAUUGGACCAUAUUCCUGUAUAUUUUCCAAGCACUUAUAGUUGGCAUGUUCUUGAAAUGUUUUAAAGUAUCAAAAAACAAGAAAUUUGAAUCUUCUUCUCAGAAAAAUAAACAAGCGUUGAAUUCUCCGGCAAAAGAUUCAAGAAAAGUGGAAAAGGGCGAAAAGAAAGAAGAAAAAGUGCAAACUCCAACCACGCCUAAACCAGAUCCAGAUGAAAAGAAAAUGACAUCCAAGGAGGAGCGAAUUGCACAAGGUAAAGAAGUAAGAAAGAAAACGGAUUACGCAACAUUCUUGGAUGUUUGUAGUGACUGGGAAGACACUUCACACAGUGAUGCGAAAAAGGAAGAAGGAAAAAAUGUGAAGCAAGUGAAGAAUGGGAAAGCAGUGAAAAACGAUGAAGCCAAGAUCGAGCCAAAAAAAGGAAUUGAGAAAAAACCUGAAAAGAAAAGAAAAGUGAAAAAGAAAGCAAAGACGAAGAUGACAGCACCCAAAAAGAAGGUGGGCAAGGCAAACCAGCGGCAGGCGUUGCCAGAGCAGGAGAAUCAUCAACAACCCGAGAUACAGAACCCGAUGCAAUUGGAGCGACCAAACCAGCCCAAACAGAUCAUACCAAAGAGAAAAAAGCAAAAAAGAGCAGCAAAACAGAAAAAUUGA